AAAAGUAUAUAGUCCUCCUUUUGUGCUAGGGUUUUAGACUAUAAAAGUCGCCGCCAUUUUAUCGCUCUGUCUGCAAGAGUUUUUGUUUCCCUGAAAGAACUAGAAAUGGGUCACUCAGACAUCUGGAAUGCUCACCCUAAGAACUACGGUCCUGGAUCUCGCGCUUGUCGUGUUUGCGGAAACCCUCACGCAAUCAUUCGCAAGUAUGGUUUAAUGUGCUGCAGACAGUGCUUCCGUAGUAACGCUAAAGAAAUUGGAUUCAUCAAGUAUCGUUAAAGUGUUUCACUGGAUUCAGUGCUGAAGCUGUCUUGAAGAUCUCGUGUUAAAAAUAUGUGGUUCAUUGUUAUAUUUUGAGUUUCCAAGAUGUAGACCACUGAAACAAAUUUUCUUUUUGAAUUUUGUUACUCUUAAAUCUUAUUAAUUGAUCUGAAUUUUGUGAUCAUUUUACCAUAUA